AUGGUUAUUAAUUUCCGUUACCAUUACGCUCUUGUGCCCGUAACCUAUCGGCGUUGGUUGGCGAAUGUAAGGAAACAUCGACGACUAAUUGAGUUGAAUACAAGUAGAGUUGUCGCUAUACGAGCGGGACUCGAACAAGUCAGAAACGAAAUAAACAAAGAAGAUCGAGAAAAGUGGGAGAUUGAUUUUCGGAAACCAGUGGAUAAUACGUUGGCACAACUCGUCGAUGAUGGCAAGUUUAAAGAUUAUUUAAAGAAGUUCUGUGAGAAACACAGGCAGGACCCAAAGGCGGUAACGGAUUGCAUAGGUGGUCUCUACCACCAUGCCUCCAAAGGCUUCACGGCCGCUUUCCGUAUAAAGUAA